AUGCAUGAGCUCGGAAACUUCUUUUACAGCGGGCUGCAUUUGCCAUCAAACACGAGUAACCCCUACCGAGCCGGGCUGAAAGCAGCCCGAAUCCCGGGCCUGAACGGUUCUCAUCCUGCCCCACUAGCACCCAAGGGCGGCCAAGAUUCUAACCGUUCUAGAAGGUUCCUUGGAAGUCGGAUUCCAUUGGCUUUUGAUCCUUCUGCUUUACAAGAUUUCUGCGUUUUCGAUGCCAAAAGACCCGGAUGCAAGAACCCAAGAAUUGUUACCGCCAACGACUUCUUCUACAGAGGGCUGCAUUUGCCAUCAAACACGAGUAACCCCUACCGGGCCGGGCUGAAAGUAGCCGGAAUCCCGGGCCUGAACGGUCAAGGGCUGACGCUGGCCCGCCUUGACUUCCUGCCAAAUGGACUCUUCCCGCCCCACUACCACCCGAGGGCGUCCGAGAUUCUCACCGUUCUAGAAGGUUCCUUGGAAGUCGGAUUCGUGACGUCAUACCCUAACUACAAACAUUACCCUAAAGUUCUUAACAAGGGCGAUGUCUUCAUCGUCCCGGUCGGGCUUGUCCACUACCAACGCGGCGUCGGGAAUGCUAAAACGGUGGUUCUGGCAGCGCUCAAUAGCCAGAACCCCGGAAUUGUGGAAGUUGCCGCCGGUAUAUUUGGUGCCAAGCCUGUGAUUGAUAGCAAUUAUCUAGCAAAAGCUUUUAGAUUGAAUAAGGGAAUUGUGGAUCGGCUUCAAUGCAAGCCUUGGUCUUGA